AUGUCUUCUCGAACUCCAUCACCUAACUUGAUCGAUUUUGGAAGUGUAGCUGAAAAUGACAUUUCAGAAAAGUUUUUUAUAAGUAGUCAAGAUUCUUCAGACGAGGAAAGUGCACGUGAUCUGGAAUUACCUUAUGAUCCAUGUUUAGUUGAACAAGAUGAAUCAAAUAAAGAAUUAGAUCUCAAAAAACCAAUUGUUAAAGAAGACUUGAAUCACUAUAUGGAAAGCGUUCGCCCUUUAUUUAAAUAUUUCGACGAUCUUUCAUUGUUGGAUCAAUAUUAUUCCUCUGAAUCAAGUAUAAAUUUUAAUUCUGCUGAAGAAUCUGACGAACAAAGUUUAGAAAGUAUUAUAGGUGAUGAUUCAUUUGAGGUAUUCAACAUGUUUCUGUCAAAUUAUAUGGAUGAUAUUGAAAAUAUCGAGGAAGAGACUUGUCCAUCUGCGAUUGAUUCGGACGAAUCGCUCGGAAUCGAUGCUAUUAUGAUUGAUCGAACUUCGGAUACUUCGGAAAUUGAAGCAGAAGGUUCUAGUAGUGCUCAUUCUGUGUGUUCUAAAUCACGAAUGGAUCUAGUUUUGCGCAAGUGUAGAACAAAUAUGACAACAAUUAUAGAUACUUCUUAUUUAGAAUUUGAUACUCGAUUAGAAGAAUCUUUUGGUGAUUUACGUAUUGAAAUAAAACGACGUGCCCAAAAUUUAUUCAAAAGAUCAAUUCGAGAACAAUCAAAACAAAUUUAUACAAAAAUUCUUACUGAAAUGGGAAAUUUAAUGAUUGAAUUGGCUCAAAAUGUUAAUACCGUAUUAUCAUUAUCACAUUGGAAAGAAUCUGUUAAUGAAAAAAUUAGAUCAAAUAUUACUAAAGCUAUUAGUGAAUUAGAAAAAUCUCAAGAAGAACGCAGUCUUGCCUUAUUUUCCAACUUUUUGACUGACGUUGAUACGGUUAUAGAAAAUAAAAUAAGUAGAUGUGUUAAUGAAUUAAUUCAAGUUAAAGCACAAGCAAAAAUUCAAAAAUCUAAAGAAAAUUCUGAUAAUGAACUUUCUGAAGAAGGAAUGAAAUUAUUAGUAAUUGAUCAAUUUGCUGAUACUGUCUAUAAUAGGAUUAAAAUUUCUAAAGAAUGGGCAAAACGUGUUUCAAAUAAUAUUCAAAUUCUUGAAGAUGAAAUAACAAUUUUAAAGCAAGAUUUAGAUCGAAUGGAUUAUGUAGUAAGAGAAGAAACUUUUGAAAAUAAAUUUAAAGGACUUGAAGAAAAAAUUGAUUCUAUUCGUGAUAUAGCUCAACAACUUGAGAAUAAAUAUUAUCAACUACGAGAAGAAUUGAAAAAAAAUUUUUUUGAUAUCAAAGAAGGAACAAAAAAUAUUAAUGAUCGACUUGCAGCAUUAGAGAGUGUUGAUGAGUUAAUAGAAGCUCGGUUGAAUAAAGAUCUUCAAAUAAGUGAAAAAACAAUUAUGAAAAGGUUAAAAGACGAUCAUAACGAAAAGAUGGCACAAACGAUCGCUGUAAUAAAGGAUGAAGCUUUAAAAAUAUUUAAGAGAAUAGAAGCUUUAGAGGCUGUCGAUGAAUAUUUGAGGCAAGAGUUUAAAUCGAAUGAAGAAGAAAUCAUGAAACGAAUAGAAAAUGAAAAGGCAAUUGCUAAUCAAAUCAUUCAGGAAAGGAUUCGAGAAGCAAUCAAUUUAUAUACUAUAGAAUACGAUGAAAAGUUGAAACAACGGACUUAUGAAUUGCUUCAACAUUAUGAAGAAAGGCUUAAUAAACUUGCCGAUACUUCAAUUGCUAAUGACGAGGAAAUAAACCGUAUCAAUAAAGAAUCCAAUGAAUUUAAACAGAAAAUACGAAAAAUUGAGGCCGAUAAAAUUUGGUAUAAAAUAGGAUUUACAACCCUUGCAGCCUUGUUUAUAAUACUUUUAAUUUCAGUCAUCUUAUUUCCCUUGUGA